AUGCUCAGAAUGGAGAGCGUGGAUUCGCCCUCUCCGAGGUGCUAUGCUCAGCAUCAACAGAAUGAUGGGGAACCGAAGGACCAUAAGAGCACCAGUAAAAGGCAGUCACACAGCACUGAGAUUCCAUGCUCUUUGGUACAAGAGGUCCAGCACCUUGAGAAGCGACUAAAUGAUCAAUUUGCCAUGCGGCGCGCUCUAGAGAAAGCAUUAGGUCACAAGCCCUGUGCUAUCAAUUUAUCGAGAGACUGCUACAUUCCAAAGCCAGCCGAGAAGCUCAUAAAGGAGAUUGCGGUACUGGAGCUAGAAGUCAUAUGCUUGGAGCAGCAUCUCCUGACGCUCUACCGGCAGGCCUUUGACCAACAAUUGUGCAGCACGGUUUCUGCUUGUGACAUGGAGAGAAGAAACAGGCAAUCGACAAGGUCGUUUUCCGGCACACUCUCUGAAACUUCGGCGCACGAUUUCUCAACCCCAAAGAAGCAACAGUUGGUGCAGUCCAGCCGCAUGGUUCAGGCACGCAGGUCGACAACGGCAGCGCUUAAUACUGAACCCGGCAUUUCACGGCACAAUGACAGCAAGACCAUUAUCGGGCGCAGCCAUUCCUCGCUCCUGCCGUGUUCCAUCUGCUCGGCUAGAGUAUCUCCUUCAGCGAACAAUCUCGCUAGAGCUCUUAAACCAUGUCAUACCUCGCCUCUAACGUUCGUUGAGGAGGGCAAGUGCAUGGAUACCAGUGUUGUGAGCUUAGCAGAUAUCCUGGGUACCAGGAUUGCAGAUCAUGUCCCUCAAACACCUAACAAGAUAUCCGAGGACAUGAUCAAAUGCAUUGCUGGCAUAUACAUCAGGCUCAGAGAUGUUAGCGCCGUGCAACGCUCCUUCUUCCCCUCACCAUGCUCGUCCUUUUCAUCGGCGAGUGGGAUCUCUUCCAAAUUUACUGGGGAUAUAUGGAGCCCCAGAUGCAGGAAAGAGAGCUUCAUCGAGGCAUGGCAGGACAGCUCAUUCAGUUCAGGUGAUUUGGGCCAGCAAUGUGAUUCUGUAAUUGAGGUGUCUGCUCUCUGCAAGGGGGCUCAGAGGUCUGCCGAUGUGAAAGACAUGUUGUGUAAAUACAAAUCACUUGUUCAGCUGCUAGAAACGGUUGAUCUCGGUGGAAUGAAGAAUGAAGAAAAGCUCGCUUUCUGGAUCAAUGUGCACAAUGCCAUGAUGAUGCAUGCUCAUGUUGAAUACGGGAUCCCGCAGAGCAACAGCAAGAGAAUGCUGCUUACCAAGGUAUCCUACAUCAUCAAUGGCCAGCGGGUGAACGCAGAGUUGAUCGAGUACCAGAUCUUGUGCUGCCGAGUACACUCUUCCGGACAGUGGUUCAGGCUGCUCCUGUACCCGAGAUGGAAGCCCAGGGACAAGGACGAGCUGCAGGGGUUCGCCGUCGACCGGCCGGAGCCUCUGGUGCACUUCGCGCUGUCCUCCGGGAGCCACUCGGAUCCAGUGGUGCGGCUGUACAGCCCGAAGCGGGUGUUCCAGCAGCUGGAGGCGGCCAAGGAGGAGUUCAUCCGGGGCAACGUGGGCGUGCGCGGGUCGGGGCGCGGCAGGAGCAGGGUGAUCCUGCCCAAGGUGCUCGAGUCGUACGCUCGGGACGCCGGGCUGGCCGCGCAGGAGCUGCUGCGCGUGGUGGAGCCGUGCCUCCCGGAGGGCCUCCGGGCGGCGGUGCGGCAGCAGGGGAGGCCGCGCGGCGGCGGCGGCGGCGGCGUGGAGUGGAGGCCCCACAACAUGGCCUUCAGGUACGCGCUGGCGCGGGAGCUGGUGGCGGUCGGGUCCCCGGCCGGCGUGCCGCAGGCGGUGACGCCUUUGGUUGCACGAUCCCAUGAGCCAUGA